GUCCAUCUCCUCUCUGUCCAUCUCCUCUCUGUCCAUCUUCUUUCAGUCCAUCUCCUCUUUGUGUCCAUCUUCUUUCAGUCCAUCUCCUCUUUGUGUGAGUACAAAGGGACAGUAAAAACCUGCCACUUUGUCACGAUAGGACGGACAAAAGAGAAACCUGCGAUGCGUUGUCCGGAGAUUUUGACACUGCAGGCGGUGUGUGUGUGCGUGAGUGUGUGUGUGGCCAUGCAGCAUUACCCAGCUGCUUGGUCCCACUAUGACGUGUGUAAGAGUCGGAUCUACACAGAGGAAGGGUUAACGUGGGACUACAUGGCCUGUCAACCAGAAGCUACAGUCAUGACCAAGUACCUGACCGUCAGCCUGGACCCGCCCAAUAUCACCUGUGGAGACCCACCUGAGACAUACUGCACACUGGAAAACCCUUACAUGUGCAACAACGAGUGUGACGCCUCCACAGAUGAACUGGCCCACCCCCCGGAGCUCAUGUUCGACUUCGAGGGACGCAACCCCACAACCUUCUGGCAAUCCAGUUCAUGGAAUACGUUCCCCAAACCCCUGGAGGUCAACAUCACGCUGUCCUGGAACAAAACUAUCGAGCUGACGGACGACAUCAUCCUCACCUUCGAGUCUGGCCGCCCUGAGCAGAUGCUUCUGGAGAAAUCGUUAGACUACGGUAAAACCUGGACCCCUUACCAGUUCUACGCUACCGACUGCCUCGAUGCCUUCACCAUGGAGCCCAAGACGGUCAACGAGCUGACCCAGCGAACCCUCCUUGACAUCAUCUGCACCGAGGACUACUCCCGAGGCUACGUGUGGAAGUAUGAUAAAACCGUCCGUUUCGAGAUCAAGGAUCGGUUCGCGCUGUUCGCCGGACCGCGGCUGCACAACAUGGCGUCGCUGUACGGUCAACUGGACACCACCAGGAACCUCCGGGACUUCUUCACGGUGACGGACCUGAGGAUACGGCUGCUGAAACCGGCCACCGGGGCCACCAUGGUAGAUGAGAACAACCUGUCCCGAUACUUCUACGCCAUCUCUGAUAUCAAGGUGCAGGGCAGAUGUAAGUGUAACCUGCACUCCAACAGCUGUGUGUUUGACAAGGACAAGGGGAAGCUAGGGUGUGAGUGUGAACACAACACAACAGGACCAGACUGCGGCCGCUGUAAGAGACACUACCACGGACGACCCUGGAGCGUCGGAUCCUACCUGCCCAUCCCCAGAGGAACUGCUAACAUCUGUAUCCAUAGAAGUCAUGGACCAGUGCAUCGAGCUAAUGUUUCAUCUCUAGGUGUUGCAAACCGUAAUCAAGCUCAUGUGUGUGACAACGCCAUGCUUCUCUGUCAGAACGGAGGAACGUGCCACCACCAUCAGCGGUGCCACUGUGCUCCGGGUUUCAAAGGCGUCCUGUGUGAGAGGACACGAUGCCAGGUCCUCGGGCCCUGCGAGGAGUACCCCACUGCUGGGCAGCCAUCCCUCCACCACCCUCUCCUCCUGGUCCCUCCAGGUCUGCUCCUCUCCCUACUGCUCCCCCUGGUGGUGAUAUGGUUCUGCUAAGAAUUGUUGUAUUCAUUACAACUGGCCAGUGAACUUUCAACUUGGAACUGAAGAGGUCCACUUGGCCAUUUGUCAGCCAUGUUGUCAUUUUGAAGGACAGCAGGGCAGGACCUAAUGCAAGUACAUUCUGGGACUGCAGAAAGACACCUUAGAUCAGAUCUACAGAAAAGAGAAAGGAAUUCAGCCCUGAAGGACAUGGGAUCAAGCAGGGACACUAAACGAGAUAUUACGUGCCCUGGUCCGUGGUAUAAAUAAGGAACCUUUAUUUAAUGUCAAAAGUGCAAUAUGAUGAUGGCUGAUAAACUGAAUGGAUAACGAAGAAAUGCUAAUGAUACUUUUGGUCAGAGAGAGACACAGACAGACAGACAGACAUAAGUCAACUUAAGGAGCUUAGACACGGGCUGCGGUAAAUGGCAAUUGAACCAUGAGAAAAUCCGCAUACCGUCUGUAGAGACCAGCGAUCCCGGGUUGUUGUCAGCUCGAAUAUUGUCAUUAAAACAUUGUUUGAUUGGUUGACAAGAUGAACGAUGCUCAUCGGUCAACAAUGUGCACCGACCGUUCAAGACUUCAGCUAAUUUAAUCUUUUUGGCGCCUUGAGCUCCAAGCCAGCGGAGCUGCUCACGGAGAAAGCACCACGAACCGCGUCGCUUACAAGUAAAACACUCGUAUUUUUCCAAUAGUGGCGGGCGGAAGUUUAUGUGACCUUCUCUGCUUACCGUGGCCCGUCUGUAAACGCCUUUAUAUUACAAUCUACAACCUUCAAUCUCACUAUGGUCCUGUCCCAAAUGGCACCCUAUUCUCUAUAUAGUAUACCCUACUUCCUAUAUAGUACACCCAGUGGGUUCUGGUCAACAGUAGUAGACUGUAUAAGGAAUAUGGGUGCCAUUUAAAGGGAUAGUACACCCAAAUUACAAAAUGACACAUUGGCUAUCUUAUCUUGUAACCAGUCUAUGGACAUGUUAUGAUAGAAAUCCGUGCUUUGGUUUUAAUUCCCUGGCACUGUUUCCAAAUGCUAAGGUUUAUCACGUGGUACAAAUUAUUAUUAUUUUCAUUUUUACCAGGC